AUGUCUGCUACCAACACCAUCACCGAUGCAUCUGAUGCCGUCGCCGCUGACAGCACCAAUACCAACACUCCUUUCGAUCUCGCCAAACAGGAAGCUUUCAAGAAGAUAGCUGCGGAGAAAGAGGCCAAGCGCAUUGAAAAUGUUGCUAUCCAGAAGAGGAAGCUCGAAGCUGCUAAGCAAAAGGCGGCGCAAGAGUUGAUGUCCAAGGGCAAAAAUGCAAUACUCAAGGCCCAGCCCAACAGACCCUCACGACGACCGGCGAAGAAGAACCGAAAACCGCUUCCUCCUCCUGCCAACCGGACUCACGCAAUCGAAGCGACUAUGGAGAAAACCAAAGCUAGCGCUGAAGAGAAACGUAUUGCCCCUCUGCGAGUUGUUCGCCCAAGCUACAGCUAUAGCGACAUCGUCGAGCAGCGCGUUGUCGAUGGCGUCGUUGAGCGCAUCACUCAUACCAACCAUUCUGCGCAUCAUUCUUGUGCCGUCCACAGCCACGACGACGGUAUCCAGCAGCGCAUGGCAGACAGCGACACUGAACCUAUCUUCCAGCCCGCUGAUGCGCCCGAGACUGCCCAGUCUGAUACCGAUGUUGAGUCAAAUACGGCCACGGAACCCGAUACUGAGUCAGACGAAGACGCUCCUCAACUAGUCCAAGAGCGUGCCUCUCCUGAGCAGGUCACUGUCGCUGGAGACGACGACGAUUUCGCCGAAGCUUCCACUGCACUACCCCACAUCUAUGUCACUACUCCGAUAGAUGAUGCGGAUGAGGAGCCUUCGAUGACUGAAACUUUGGCUGAGGCGGUUGACACGUCGUCCGAGCCAACCAAGGUGACUGGCGCUGAAAAGUCGACUUGUAGCCCUUCGGCGAUCCUGUCGAUGCCAAACUCGACUCUAUACCCUUCGCGCCUAUCCCGCGACGAAGAGGCUAAGUUGGUCGCUUUGCACGUCGCGCCCAUCGUACUGCCGGUCGCUGAAGCUAAGCAGCAGAAGCUUAGUAAGGCUGAGAAGAAGGCAGCUAAGACUUCUGAGGCAUCUAAGAAGGUGGCCACGACGAAGUCCGAUGUGGUUCAAAAGCUUCCCGAAACCGACUUUGCUGAGACUACGAUGGAUCGCACGGAGCCCAGUGUCAUUCCAGAUGAGUUUGAUCACGUCGCUUUACUGCUUGCCAGGCCCAAUGGCUCUGGUGUGACCACAGAGUCUCGCGACCUUCACGAGAAGCUCGUCGCGCUUCAUGUCGCUCCACCUUCGCUGCCAGUCACUUUCCACAAGCAACAGAAGACCCCAACGGCCAAGUCAAAAGCUACCAAAGCUGACCAGAAGAAGACUGUCACUGUUGAAGAAAAAAAGCAGGACUUUGUCGCCUCUCUCCUCUCCAAGUCUAAUGGUCUAGGCGAGACCAAAAUGACGCGCGACUUCCAUGAGAAGCUGGUUGCGCUUCAUGUCGCUCCUCUCUCGCUGCCGGUUAUUGUGUCAAAACAACAGAAGACUAGCCAAAAGGCUACCAAAGCCGACCGAAAGAUCCAUACAGCGGUUGAGAAGAAGAAGCCUGACUUUGUCGCCUCUCUUCUUUGCAAGCCGAACGGUCCGGGUGAACACAAAGGGACCCGCGAUCUUCACAACAACCUUGUGGCUAUGCAUGUAGCGCCAAUCGAAGUUUCGGUUCCCAAAGAACAGCAGAAGAUUGAUAAGAAGGCUAAAAAGACCUAUGAUCCUAUCCAGCCUCCCAUCGCUGAGCCUGAUGCCGUCGAUGCACCGGUCAUGAACAUGGAGCCUGCUAUGAUUAAGAAGCUUGUCUCUGUUGUCGAAGAACUUAAUAUAAAUGAGGCCACGCGUGAGGAGCCGUCCAUCGUCAUUGCGCCUCCUAUCCACGGGUUCUGGCAAACCGUUCUUUCCAAACCCACUACCACCAAAGCCACCACCGUCGAGCAAUCCGUAAUCAUCCCCGACUCAUCCUCGGAGUCCGACACCAUAGAAUCAUUCAGAACCUCCAGCCCCUCCUCAACCCCCUCCACCCCAUCCAUCCGCCGCGCAGCCUCAAAAGCACGCACCACCCUCCUCGGCGCCACCUCUCUAGAAACCUUCGUCACCACCCUCGACUUCGAACUCUGGGACGGCACAACGACAAAAGAAGAUAUCUGCGAGACCUUCGCAUCCCUGGCCGGUCACCCCACAACUACUACUACUGGGUUGGAUACCGCCAAGAUCCAGCGGAAGAUCAAGUUGGGAAGUACGUCGCUGUACGCGUUUCUGCGUCAGAUUACGUUCAUGGAGGAUGACGUGACGGUUGUGGGGGAGGUGAUGAGGGUGUUUAGGAAGGCGGCGAGGGAGCAGGUGACGGAUUCGAAACUGGAAGUUGCGCUGUGGCUUGCGGAGGAGACGGAUGAGGGGGAGGGUAGGAGACGGGGGAGGCGCGAAGAGUGGGCUUCGAUGGCUGGUGGGGUUUAG